AUGUCCACCAGAGGUGUAUGGGAUAGAAAUCGGUCUAUGUCAUUCGUGGAAUCGCCUCACCCUGUCGAAGCUCGUAAGUUUGUAGGCGAACAUCUACGAUUUGGCUCCUGUAAUUCUACUGAAGAAGGCGGCGAGGCCAAAGACGUAGACACAACUUUAUUCAACGAUGUUCUUUAUUUCCUAACUGAUCGACUUAACGCGACGACUUAUAUGCAAUAUUACAAUAAAUUAGGAUUUCAAACGUACGAAGGUACCUGGACUGGUCUACUUGGCGCUUUGAUGGACAACUCUAUAGAUAUAGCGCUUGAACCUGUGACGUCACACGCUUCUCGAAAUCAAAAUAUGGAUUUUGUCUUCCCCCUGGCGGAAACAAUGUUUAAUAUUUACAUACGAGAUCAAGAAACGACAGCAGUGCGAGAUAUAUUCCUGGCUCCGUUUAAUCCAAUGUUACUGGCAUGUGUAUUCGCGAUUGGCCUCGUGUCAACAAUUGCAAUUUAUAUCAUCAACAAAUUCACACCCCUCGUGACUAAUCGCAGCUCGAUGAGAUUUACUGAGGCUUUAGUGUGGUCCACUGGAAUAUUAUGUCAGCAAGGUGGUUCGUCAACACCUUCAAAUCCUGCAGCAAGUAUAUUGUUGAUAGUGUGUCUUCUAUUUGCGUUGGUGACGUAUAAUUCUUAUGCGGCUUUCAUAACUUCAGUGUUGUCUGUCAGAGUCGCCAGUGUAGACACGGUCUCGGCUGUGUUGCAGUCAUCCAAUCUAAAGAUUGGUUAUAUACGAAAUGGACCGGAUCAAAUGUACCUGAUGUCUACGAAGGACGUUCAGCUGAACGCAUUCUACAUACGCGGCUACUCUGAAGCGGAGAAUCUGGUGUCGUCGGCAGAAGAAGGAUUAUUUCGUGCAGCAAAACAGGAUUAUGCGUUUUUCUCUGAACAAAGAGCAGCACGUACGACUCUAAGCGUGACCUAA